GAGAAUGAUUUACUGAUUCACUAAUGACAUUGUAGUCGGACUAAACAGCGUUUUCAUCGACCUCACAGUAUGAGCCAUCCGCCCCGUUCAAACCGGGGACACCGGGAGAGAAACGGAGACCACCGGCAGCCCCGCGAUGACCGGCGCUCAUCUCCUGACAGGUCCUCCUCCCGACCUCCAUACUAUCCUGAGGAAGCCGACUACCCUCCCAAGCAUGUGCGGGAGGUCCCUCGGGUGGAGCACCAUGAAUCCAAAUGCACCAAUGUAUGCUCCAGGAGAGGCAUCGUGCUGAUCUGCGCUGUGCUGACCAACGCCCUGGUUCUGAUCUGUGUGGUCGCAGCUCAGAUGGUCACAUCAGGCCUGUCCUCAGCUGCCGGGCUGGGCGGCUUCAACAUCAACUCCCAGUUCAACCUUCAGGGCACUGAGCUGCAGCAGGUACGAGAACUGGACAUGCAGUAUAGCCAGAUGAGGGCGCCUGGCAUCUACGGCGGUGUCUCCUUCAGCCUCACCUUUGGGGUCUUGUCGCUGUUGUUUGUGGUUGCCGGAACCAAACCUCCACACCUGAUGUCACGGAAGCUCCUAUUUGGAGCACUGGUGUUUCAGGCGGUGGGCGCAGUGGUCUAUGUGGUGGCUGUUGGCCUCUACCUGCACUUCGUGAUCAGGGUCAACUCCACUGAUGUGUGUAAGCAGCGGGAGAGGAUCUAUGCACGUAACGGCUACACCUGGAUGAACUGCGAUGUGAGUGGGGCGGAUGCAGCAGUGGCUCUGUUUGGGCUCAUCACUGCCAUCCUGUACACCGCUGGCACCGUGCUCACAGUCCAGACCAUCCGACGAGUGAAACACUAUCUGCAGGAGCGGAAACGUAGAGAGGCUGAGAGACAGCAGGCUCGACCCCGCAAUCAGAGAGCCCCACUGCGGGCUGACACCACCGCUGUGUGAGCGACUCAUGGGCAGGGACAUCGGCAGCCUUAGCUCGCUGCGUUUGUGUCAGACUUUGGUUUUCUGAUGUAAAGCUGGUUUACUUUUUACAGAUUACCUAUGCAAGGCUGACUUGCUCUGAAGCAGGCUCAGUUCAGAGAAUCGGGUCAAAAUGUGACAGACUACUGACCAGACAAGUCAUGAGAAAACUUAAUUCCUGCAUUGCCCUCUUGACAUGGACACCAAUACUGUUUUUACAAUUAAGGGACAUGUGUUUUUGUGCUACAUAGCCACUGAGAGGCCAGAUGAAUAUUUUUGUCCGUGCUACGUCCCAAAAUCGGAAGCUCAGACUCCCACGAGUGGUUGCUAAUAUAAAGAUUAAAACCUGUGGAGGCUUCUUAACAAAGUUCUCUGCACUGUUUCCUAAUUCCCUGUAGCUGUGAUCAUGACUAAAGCUGUGACACAUUUUUAAAGCUAUUCAUCCUCUGAAGAAAGAAGAUCUAAUGCAGAGAGUCUGGUUUUGUGGUGCUGUCUCUGCUGAUACUAACUCAGUAGGACCUCUCAAGAGCAACCACAGCUGCAUUAGACAUCUGUAGCCCACAUGAUACCCACAGCUUCAGUCCCAGCCGUGUACAGCUGUAGACAGAGUGGCUGCAAACUGGCAGAGCAGGAUCUUUUUCCAAUAAUUGGGGAAAUGCAAUAAAUAUUGCAAGGUAAUGCAAAAGUUUCCUAUGGUUCAGUACCAAGAUUAUUAUGUCAAAUAUAGCAGAAACAUUUUUGCACAAGUGUUUGUCUGCACUGGGAUAAAAACAGGACCUCUAUUACUGUUUAACACUAUAAUUAGUGAUGACUUUAGCUGCCUAUUAUUCAGCCCUGACAGUGUCGCUGUAGCAACUCAGGGUUUCAUGUGGCUGUGAAUAUUAAUGUUUUACACUCAUCGGUGAGAUGAAGAGUGGAAAUAAAAAGCAGACGCACAGCUGCUGUUUAUCACAAAGACAAAUCCACACACUAUUAAUCAGCUCAUGAAAUUAGAAAUGCAAUGUAAUGUUUUGGCCUUUUAUCUUUUAUACCAAUAACGUCUAUACUUUGACCUCACUAAGACAGUUUUUAUGUGUUAUAAAUUCCAGUCAUGUGUUAUCUUGUUUGUCCCUUUUUGUUCCUGCAGUAACCCCACAUAUGCCAAAGUAAACAUGAGUGGAGUUAACUGAACCAGUGCAUGAGCUCUGAUACUGGCCAUCCAGGAUCUUCAGUCUUAGCUUUAAUGAAGGACUGGAACUGUAUGUUUGUUGGUUGAGACGGAGUUAUGUAAAUGUUUUUUAUGGGUUAUUAAUGAAUGUUUUUGUAUCAAAGUUUGACUUAAUAUUGCAAAGUUUUAUCUACUCAAAUUAAAUGUAAUUCAAUUUAAAGACUGUUGUUUAUUUACAACUGCAGCCAGCAGGGGGAGUCAGGACACCACACAGCUCCUGUCCUGCUGAUGUGGUGGCCCUCUGUCUUCUCUGAAGUGGCUUCCUGCCAGCCAUGACAUCACCACUGUCACACAAUGGACCACACAUACACAAAGGACACAGCAGUGAUGUAACUGUUCAGUCAAGACUUAAUUACAAACAAAAGAAAUUCUCCAGAGUGAUGUAAUUACCCGACUUCUAAACUUACCAUUUCAGAUAACAAAGCAGUGAUUGUACCACAGCAGCACAAACAACGCGACAGGGCAAGUUUGUGGCUUGUUGUUGCACCGUUAAGCUUGUACAUUUUGCUUUUUAAGAUCGUACAGGGGCCACUUCCUGGAAAUUGACAAACACGUUGUGUGAUGCUUUUUUGAUUUCUUGUUACGAGGUUUGACAUGUCUAAGGUUUCUGCUGUAGACUUAAUGCAGUUUAAAAGAGAAAAUGGCAGAAACUAGUGAUUUCAGUUUUAUAUGUUCAUAUGACAGUAUUAUCAGCUAAAUCUGGAGCUCAAGUUGUUAUCUGAUUGACAGAAAAUUAAUAGGAUAACCAGUAUUCUCUUGUCCCAGUUUGUCAACUGCAAUGAGUUGUGGUUUUUCUUUCGUAAAUUUGACAGGAAACUUUACAUUUGAGUGUUUAAAGCUAAGAUCUUUUUCUUUGGUAGAAAAAGAUCAUGAAAAUAAUUAAUUUUAGUUCUAGAUGAAUGUGAUGAUUAAAUGAUUUGGUGCAUAAAGUGUGACAAAAUAAAAUAAAAUGCACAGAAACCUU